AUGGAGAAGCAGCACUCAUAUUCAGAGUUGCACACUCAACCUCACAUCCCCGACCUGGGAGACCUCAAAUUGCAGGCCCAAAACUCGGUGAUUCGCGAUGUGGACGUCGGGCAGAUGCUCGAGGUGAAUUACACCCCGGAAGAAGAGAGGAUGGUAUUGUGGAAGUUGGACCUGGUGUUGAUGCCGGUAAUGGGACUAUGUUACAUGAUGCAGUUCAUGGAUAAGCUGGCAUUGAGUCAGGCGACCUUGUUUGGUCUACGAAAGGAUCUGCACAUCGUUGGACGAGAAUACGCCUGGGCCCCGGCCAUCUUCUACUUUGGGUAUUUUGCCUGGAGUUGGCCCAGUUCGUACCUCUGCGUGCGCUUGCCACUGGCCAAGUACCUCAGCGCUUCUGUCCUCAUCUGGGGAGGCGUGCUGAUGUGCCACGCGGCUGCGACCAACUUCGCCGGUCUGAUGGCCGCCCGCUUCUUCCUGGGCGUCGGCGAAGCAGCCAUCGCCCCGGGCUUCUCCCUCAUCGUCGGCAUGUUCUACAAGCGCGAAGAGCAACCCGCCCGACAAGCGGCCUGGUUCAUGGGCAACUGCGUCUCGACCAUCAUCGGCGGUGUCGUCGCCUACGGAAUCGGAAACGUGCACAACAGCGCCGUCCGCAGCUGGCAGCUACUCUUUUUGGCUCUGGGGGCCAUCACCAGCGGCCUGUCGCUGUUUCUCAUCCUCCUGCUGCCGGAUACGCCCAAGUCGGCCAUCUUCCUCACCAAGACCGAGCGCGCCAUCGCCGUGCAGCGCACGCUCAAGAACAAGACCGGGGUGCUGGACACGGGUUCCUUCAGGUGGACUCAAGUCUGGUUGGCGCUGCGGGAUCCCCAGACGUGGUUUCUGGUGCUGUAUACCUUCUGUGUCAACUUGUGCAAUGGGGGUAUCACCAGCUUCUCCUCGAUCAUUAUCAAUGGUUUCGGCUUCUCAACGCUCAAGUCCCUGCUCAUGCAGAUGCCUCUCGGCGCUGCACAGCUGGUCUUUCUCCUCCUCACCACCGCCCUCGCAACCCUCCUCCCCAACACGCGUAUCCUCGGCAUGAUAGGCAACACGACCGUCUCGGUGAUCGGCAUGGUGCUGGUCUGGCAGCUCCCCGACGAGAAUCAGAAGGGAAGGCUGACAGGUCUGGCGCUGGGCGCUGUCUUCGCUGUCAAUAUCCCGCUGUCGUUGAGUCUGAUUAGUUCCAACGUCGCUGGGUUCACGAAGAGGAGUGUGACGAGUGCCUUGCUGUUUGUUGCAUACUGCGUGGGAAAUAUCGUUGGGCCGCAGUUUUUUGUCACGAGCGAAGAGCCGUCAUACCCGACCGGAAUGAAAGCGGCGGUCUCGGGCCUCGCACUGGGAGCAUUCUUCCUCAUUUGUCUGCUUGUCUAUUAUGUCUUUGAGAACCGACGGCGGGAUGCGGUUUACGGGCCUGUGACGGAGUUGACUGAGAGCCAGGAGUUGGCGCAGGGGCUGUCCAACAAGACUGACCUGGAGAUCGAGAGCUUUCGAUACGUUUUAUGA